AUGAAUGGUGGAGGCUUGCAACCUGCUGGUGGUGCGUAUGGUGCGAAGGAUGUCUCACCCAUUGGGGAGGAAGGUCUCUUCAUCCAAGUCCCGUCAUGCCAGUUUGGUUCUGCGUGCUUGCGUGCCGCUGGAUCUGGAACAGCCAUGGAUGUGGUAUGCUACAACAGUGGUAGCUAUGGUGAAGACGAGAAGAGAACAGAUGAUGAAGGUUACUUGUACGGUUUUACGUACUUUAUUUACACAGGGUGUGCCGCGGAGGGAUUACUAAUCACCAUACUUUCCGCAUCCCCAUUGUUUAAUACAAUGCGCACUAUCGUGCUGGAGACUGUCCCUCAUGUUCUUUGCAUUUCCCAUGGGAUUGGCAGAGGGCACUUCGGUAGUCAGAACGUCGAAGGGCUGGCGAGAGCUGACAAUUCGGCUUACACCAAAGCAAUGUGGCCGCUUUCGGACCUAGUUGACGGUUGCAGUAACGCUUGCAAAACUCCCGUCAACAAUCACUUUUACUUGCAAUUUGAGCGUGCGUCAGUUCCUGUUAUUCGCCCGAAUGACCUUCACCAUCCUUUUACUGAUGUUCCACUGCGGACUCUGUGCUUAAGUUUUUCUUACGACGCUCUCCGCGUGAUACAUUCCUUGCUGCUGCAGGAGGAGCGAGUCGUUUUUAUUGGUGUAACUCCGCAGCAUGCUUCCGCGUGUGUUAUUAGUGCGCAGUCGAUGCUCGUUCCCUUUAUAUGGGCGCUUCCUAUUGUUCCGUACCUUCCGCCGGAAGGUUUUGGUGUUGUGGAGGAAAUGUGGGCAAGCUCUUCGUUUAUGUUGGGGUCGACAGCGGAGAUCCUCCCGCGUUUGAUGUUGUAUGGAAGUGACACUGCAGGAGUGGACCGUGCUCACAUUUGGAUAGCGGACGCACGCACAGGAUUUGUGGGUGUAUCGCCAGAUCAUAGCCGGCGGUUCUUUUUCGCACCGACUGACUUGGUGCCAUCAAGUGACAAGGUGGAGGACGCCGUUAAAUCGCUUGUCUCCAAGGAACAGCGGCAAGCAUUCCGACAGGUGCUAGGAGCUGUGGUCGCGCAGGCUCAUGUUUGCUCGGUUGCUGGGUCAGGGGCUCUGUCCACGGAUCGCUCGUUGAACUCUUUAUUUCAUGUGGAAGCUGCCCCGAUGGGGGAGGCACAUGAUGCAUUUGUUGAGUAUAGUGCAUCUCGCCUUUUGGGGAAUUAUAGAAAAGGACUCUCUCCUAUGAGAAACACAGGUGGUAGCUACUUCGAAGGUCAUGAUUCUAGCACCACAUGGCGGCAACCUAACCGUAUCGUCUACUCUUUGGAUUACCAGCGUUUUCUUCCAGACAACCUCGGUGGUAAUUCUAAAUUUGCAACUGCCAUUUCCAAGACGCGGUUAUACCAUAAUUGGGAAGUGGCAACCCUUUCGGUUGAGACGCUAGGUUUGCUAUCGUUUUUGGACGGAACGAUCGUACGGCAAUCAUGUAGUAAUAGGCUGUAUGAGCAGAAUUCUCACAGUUUACGAGGAGGAGAGAGGGAUCCGCUUUCGAAGAACUACUACAUUUCUCACCCCCGGAUGAUAGGAAUGCUUUCCUCUUUCUAUAUUCGGGCUUCGCGGCGCUUCCCAGAUCUCUACCAGGAUUUACCCGCUGCUGACGUGGCGCGCUUGAGCGCUGCAAUGUUAGCGAAGGCGGGGCGUGACCAAGGCGGCACUGGAGCAAGCAAAAGUAAGAGUGGCAAGGGGCUGAUGCGUAGCCUCUUCUCAAAGGCAACCAAAGCGGUUAAAAGCAGCCUCACAACUAGCCGUCAGCGUAUUCCUGUACACGUAUUCGUUCAGGCACGUAGCAGUCUAUCAAGUGAUGCGAAGCACAGCGAUCCUGAUAAAAUUUUGAAGGCGAGUAAAGGUAUAAAGGACGUUCCCCCUACCACGCAGAAGACACCCCCGGAACAAGAUUUGGGGUCAACAUCGAUUCCCCGCCCAAUUACUCCUUUGGGUACCGGGGAAUCGGAGGAAGAUAUAACCAGGUCAUUUUCGGGGGCGGCGUGUGGUGCGGAAACUUCCGGCAUGCUUCAGAAUGAGGCGACGGGGGCAGACGGGUCGGGAAUUCCCAUGCCCUGUAGACUGCUGCCCUUGGAUGUUAUCCAUAACUUUGGUCAGUAUCACAGACUAUUGGAUCCGACAAAAGACACUGCGUACACAACGGGCUACCGCGUCGACACCUCGCAAGAGGUGUGUACACAUCAGUUGGAGAUAUUUUUGGAACUAGGGCAGUUGUUCGCGGCUGACGUAAAUAUUUGGCUGUUCUUGGAGGCAAAACGGAGCAAACUCCUGACCAAGGGGCACCCACCAAAGCAGCAACCUCCGGAGGAACGGGCGGAGCCGCCUCCCGAUCUUUGGAUCAUGGAUAGUGGUGUUGGGCCUUGCGCCGUACCAUUCGAGGCCCAGCCGCUUCCGUUUUCUAUGGAUUUGAUUACUGGAUCACCCGAGCUACCGCCUCCUUUUCAGUAA